GCGCCACCGUGCUUCAAGGCCUUAAACCACCAAAAACGGGUGGCGCUAAACUCAAACAGUAGUGGAAGCAUGGAGGCAGCGGCAUUUGCUUCAGCUUCACAACUUGGAACCGCUGGAAAUUGUUCUUCAUCGUCGUCUUCUUCCGCCGGUUCUAGGUCUAUUCGAUUCAUGCAAAUAUGCAAUACAAGCCUAACCGUAUCGCUCUCAAAUUCAAACCUUCCAGAAGCUCGAUCCGCGCCUCUGCUACCGGCGAGGAGGAUUCCGGUACAAACAUCAGAGGAAGUUUUGAAAGCAAAACACUGUUUUUUCCCUGGAGUAGGUGCUUUUGCUACUGCCAUGGAUGUGCUCAACAAGAAGGGUAAGAUUCUAAUAGAAGAAUGGCUGAAGCUCUUUGUACUUGUUUUCAGCAAGAUGUCCAUUCCUGGGCAUUUGUCUUGGCAUGCAACUUCUUUUUGAGUCAAGUCAGGAGAAUGGACCAGGUUUGCAGCAUGCAAGUGCAGCUGCACCCGAAGGCCCAUGGAAAUUCUUCCAAGCCCCUAUCAAUCAAGGCCGCAGUGGCGAAAAAUCACAAAAUAUGUAGUAAUUUCCUAUUUUUGUACGACGGUUUACCUAUAUUUACCCAUGCAAUUUCGGGGCAGGAGGACUGGGCUGCAAUGGAGAAUGCAUUCCAAGAGUUUGAUGGAUUGGCUUGUUCCUGUACAUGGUCAAGAAACAGAUCAGAUUCCCAAGACAACAAUCUGUUGAUUGAGGUGCAACAUUGCUCCUGCAAGACAAGGAGUGAAUCAUUUGAUCAUGUCUGAGAUUAGCCAUGAAAGUAACAAGGCAAGAUACAGUGAUGGGUAUGGCAUAGUGCCUAAUGAUGUCAUAUGGGAAGAGAUUCUCCUAAAGCUUCCAACUAAAGACCUAGUAAGGUUCAAAGCUGUUUCUAAAUUGUGGUAUGAGAAAAUUUCUAGUCCCUCUUUUGUUAAGUUGCACAUGGAGCAGUCCAAGGCAAAUACUAGAUAUAUCAUCUACUCUUAUCCUUCAGCUGUAGAUAUGUUCAUAAUGGAAAACAAUGGUGAAACUAGCCAGUUAACUCUUCCGGGAUCUCACAAUGGGUUGUCUCCAGUUGAAAUAUGCUCCUUCAAUGGUCUUCUAUGCAUUCGCAGUGACACUGAAGAAGAUGAUUUGGAGAUCCGGAUAUGCAAUCCUACUACUCAAGAAGUCACAUUGCUUCCUAGAUGUAGUCUACCUGGGAAAUUUACAUCACUUGGAGUUGUAUUUGAUGCUGAGACAAACUACAAAGUAUUCAGAUUUUGCAGCGAUGAGUUUGAAUCUGAAGAUGAUUUUUGUGAAUGUGAAGUCUAUGAAUCUUAUGAUGGAACGUGGAGGAACAUUGGUCAGGUGCCAACAGGUCCCAAGGUUAAUUGGUUUGCCCCCGUGUGUCCUACUUCUGUAUGUGUGCAGGGAAGGCUAUAUUGGCUUGCCUGGAAUAUAGAAGAUCGGGAGAGUCCAGCCUUUGUUCAGUCCGUUGAUAUGGAAGGCAAUUUCUCCAGAAUUUCCCUUCCAGAGGAUUUGAAUGGAUAUACAUUCUUGAUCAACCUUGAUGGUGUCUUAUCAUUGGUUGCUAUGGACAAUACGGAAACAUAUGUGGACAUACUUGUCCUAGAAGAUAAUAAAGAAACUGGGUUCACAUGGUCCUGGAAAACCUGUGCUGAACUUGAAUUGGAAUUUAUCAGUUCCUUCAACUCUGUAGUUGGAGGAAAGGAUGAGAUACUUUUCAUAUUUGAUGUGUUUAAUAAAUUUCGUUAUCGUGUGUUCAAUUUGACUGAAAGGACUUGGAGGGAACUUGAUGCACCUGCUGCUUUGAAGAGGUGCUAUUCUGUUGCGCUUCCAUUUGUUGAAAGUCUUCUUCCAUGUAUAAACCCAGAGGAGAAACCAACUCCAGCGAGGGCACAACUUCCUGUUCUCAAUGAUCUUGACUCUUGACACCCUUUCUCCCUCACCCUCCCGCAUGGAAGGAGCUUGUGAAAUGCAUCUCCAGUUUUUGUGCUUGUUGCCUGCCUGGGAAAAUGUUUAUACAACAGACGCGUUGGAAAAAAAAUAGCGGAUUCAUGUAUUGACAGUGAAAUCGUAUUAUACCAUCAACAAUGGCCUGUAGCAUAAGCAUAUCACCUUUAUAUGCCUGUGCUUUGGGAAGUAGCUAGUUCAUGAUGAUUUAUUUCUCUUGGUUUUAUGCGCAAGUUGGUUUGCAGCAUGUAGUUCUAAGUUCAUAUAGACAUCAGUUUGUAACUUGAGCUGCAAAUACUAUUUUGCAGACAUUUACAUUUACAUUUGUUGACUUCAGUGUGUUGAGGUUUUGAUGAUUUACCU